AUGGCAGACCACGAUGACCAUAAGGAUGAGGGGAACCCGCUUUCUGUCAUCCAUUCUGCUGGAACCAAGAGAGCCCAAGACUCAUAUGAUGGUCCAGCUAGUAAGAGAGCUCAUGUCGACGGAGACGACAAUAAUCUAGCGGUGAAAAUCUUGAUACCUUCGGCUGCUGUCGGAGCAAUCAUUGGCAAAGGAGGAGAGGCUAUGAGGAAUUUGAAGAAUGAUCAUCAAUGCCGUGUACAAAUGAGCAAGAGCUCAGAAACUUAUCCUGGUACAAGCGAGCGUAUUUGCCUCGUAAAAGGUCGCGUACAAAACGUUAUCGGUGUUAUUGAUGUAAUACUACAAAAAAUUCGUGAGAAAUGCGAAGGCUCAACCAGUUCGGAUGCAUUUGACCACAAGGGAGUCAGCCGUGGUAAUGAGGUUUGUGAACUAUUUCUCAGUUGUUUCCAAUUUGUGAAAAUUGUCAUGCCAAACACAUCAGCUGGAAUGGUUAUUGGGAAAUCUGGCGCCAAUAUCAAGGACAUUCGUGAGACAUACGGUUGCCAAAUUCAGGUGAGCUGGAGUGACAUACUAUACUAUUCGCGAAAACUUUUGUCAUGGAGUUAUUUGUUUGAAGUAAACUAUGAUGAUAUAAUUGGUAUGUUUUCUUAGGG